AUGGAGCGGAGGCUGCAGGCGCUGGAGAGGUUGGUGCUUGGGGAGGGAGGUGGGCCCGGGCUGGACGGCCUCCUGGACCUGCUGCUCGGCCUGCACCACGAGCUCAGUAGUGUUCCUCUGCGGCGGGAGAGGACCGUGGCGCACUUCCUCAGCUGGGUCACCCCCUUCGUGACUAAAGUGAAGGAAUUACGACUCCAGAGGGAUGAUUUUGAGAUCUUGAAGGUGAUUGGCCGAGGAGCCUUUGGGGAGGUUGCUGUCGUCAGGGAGAAAAACAGCGGCAAGAUCUUCGCCAUGAAAAUGUUGCACAAGUGGGAGAUGCUCAAGAGAGCAGAGACGGCAUGUUUCCGGGAGGAGCGCGAUGUGCUGGUGAAAGGAGACAGGCGCUGGGUGACAGCUCUCCACUACGCUUUCCAGGAUGAGGAGUAUCUGUACCUGGUGAUGGAUUACUACGCCGGGGGAGACCUGCUGACCCUGCUGAGCCGCUUUGAGGACCGGCUGCCCCCGGAGCUGGCGCAGUUCUACUUGGCGGAGAUGGUGCUGGCCAUCCAUUCCUUGCACAAACUCGGCUACGUCCACAGGGACAUCAAACCGGACAACGUGCUGCUGGACACCAACGGGCACAUCCGAUUGGCCGACUUUGGCUCCUGCCUGCGACUCAACGAGGAGGGGAUGGUGGACUCCUCGGUGGCAGUGGGGACCCCAGAUUACAUCUCCCCCGAGAUCCUGCAGGCCAUGGAGGAAGGCCGGGACCGCUACGGCCCACAGUGCGAUUGGUGGUCCCUGGGCGUCUGCAUGUACGAGCUGCUGUUUGGCGAGACGCCGUUCUACGCCGAGUCCCUGGUAGAGACCUACGGAAAGAUCAUGAAUCACGAGGACCACCUCCAGUUCCCCUCGGACGUCCCCGAGGUGUCAGACAGUGCUCGGGAUCUCAUCCGGAAGCUCCUGUGCCGCCAGGAAGAGCGCCUGGGCCGGGGCGGCCUGGAAGACUUUCUCAGUCACCCCUUCUUCGAGGGUGUAGACUGGGAACGGCUCCCCGCCAGCCCUGCCCCUUACGUCCCCGACCUCCGGGGACCCCUGGACACCUCCAACUUCGACGUGGACGAUGACAGCCUCAAUCACCCGGAGACCCUCCCUCCCCCUUCCCACAGUGCCUUCUCUGGCCACCACCUGCCUUUUGUGGGCUUCACCUUCACCUCAGGCAGCCCUGUCUCAGAGAGGAGUCCGAGCCUGCCUAAAUCCAGUCUGGAGCGGAGAAUCCGGGCCUUGGAGCAGGAGAAGUUGGAGCUGAACCGGCAACUCCAAGAGGCCUUGCAGAAAGCUUCUUCCAGACCCAUGGAGCUGGAGCAGCUGAAGGUGGAGCUGGAAACUUUACGCAAGAAACUGACAGAGUCCCAGACAGACGGAACCGCCCUCCGGUCGACGGAUGCAACGAGUGGGGGGUCGGCCCCCCGAAUCACAGCACUGAUGCAGGAAAAGGACCAGCUGCACCAGCAACUGGGAGAGGCGCGGGCCCGGUUGCGGGCUCAGGAGGUGGAGCUGCAAGGGGGCCAGGAGAAGCAGAAGAAGCUGCAGCAGAGAUUGCGGGAAGCCCAAGAGGCUGCGGAGGCUGCGGGAGGGCAGGCCCGAGGGCUGAGCCGCGACCUGGACCAGGCCCGGGCAGCCCGGAGUGAGCUAGAAGCCAAGGUGGCCACUUUGAACAAUGAGGUGGGGCAGCUGCAGAAGCAGAGAGAGAGGAGCCGGGAGGAGCUGACUACAGUCAAGACUAUACACCCGCACCCCGAGACCAACGGCUCCAGCCCCCCGCCCAUGGACACCCCCGACACACAGCAGGAGGUGCCGAGGAAGGAGACGUCGGGCCUGAAGGUCCAACCGAGCCACGGCCUGAGCCGGCGCCUGCAAGAGGACACACUGUCCCAGCUGAGAGAGGAGAAUCAGCGUCUCGUCCAGGAACAGGAGCAGUUGGCCAGAGAGCUGAUGCAGGAGCAGCAGAACAGGGAACGCGUGGAGGACGAGAGGAGGGAGAGCGAGAGCAACUGGGAGGCCCAGAUCUCGGACAUCCUGUCCUGGAUGAAUGACGAGAAGAUCUCACGGGGAUACCUGCAGGCUCUGGCCACCAAGAUGGGAGAAGAGCUGGAUACUCUGCGCAACGUCGGGGUCCAGACACUCCCAACCCGGUCUUUGGAUCACCAAUGGAAGGCCCGGCGCCUGCAGAAGAUGGAGGCGUCGGCCAAACUGGAGCUGCAGUCGGCCUUGGAGGCGGAAAUCCGGGCCAAGCAGGGCAUCCAGGAGGAGCUGAAUCGAGUCAAGGAGGCCCAGCGGCAGGGAGACUGCCACCUGCAGGAGGUGGAGCGGCAGAACCAGGUUCUCCAGCAGGAGCUGAGCAAGCUGAAGGAGGAGAUGAAGACACGGGGUACUGGAGACUCCAAGCCUCAGAGUUCCCUGAUCCCCUUCCUGCCCUUGAGGAGCCCUGAGAAGGAUCCCUCCAGGUCCUCGGACCCCCAGGAGAACCGCAGAUCGGGGGGCGAAGCCGAGCUGCGGCCAGAGGGGCGUCGCAGUAUGCGGACCGGGAUGGUCUUCCCGCGUCCCUCUUCAGUCCCCGGGGACGGCUCCCCCACCAAGGCCCAGCCCGGAAUCCACUCCUUGCGUCCCCGGACUUUCCCGUCACCCAACAAAUGCCUCUAUUGCACCGCCCUCAUGCUGGGGCUCAGCUGCCAGGGGCUGUACUGUGAGGCGUGUGGCUAUUUUUGCCACGUGGCAUGUGCCCCUCUGGCACCUCCCUGCCCUGUGCCUCAGGAGCUGCUCCGCACCGUCCUGGGGGUGAACCCCGAAACGGGCAUUGGCACGGCCUAUGAGGGGUAUCUGUCGGUACCCCGCCCCUCGGGAGUCCGCCGGGGCUGGCAGAGGAUGUUCGCCACCCUCAGCGAUUUCCGCCUCCUGCUUUACGAUGCCCCCGACGCCCGGGUCCCCCCAGCGAGCCACGCGCUGGCACAAGUGCUGGAUUUGAGGGACCCCCAGUUCUCAGCGACCCCUGUCCUGGCCUCUGAUGUCAUCCACGCCCAAACUCGAGAGCUGCCCUGCAUCUUCCGCGUGACGGCUUCCCAGCUGACGGUGCCGCCCACCCUGUGCUCGGUCCUGCUGCUGGCCGAGAGCGAGGAGGAGCGGGGCCGCUGGCUUCAGGUGCUCGGGGAGCUGCAACGCCUCCUGCUAGACACCCGCCCCCGGCCCCUGCCCAUCUACACCCUCAAGGAGGCCUACGACAACGGGCUGCCCCUUCUCUCCCACACCCUCUGUGCCGCCGUUGUCGACCGGGAGCGCCUGGCGCUGGGCACGGAAGAGGGCCUCUUCGUCAUCCACCUCCGCAGUAACGAUAUCUUCCAGGUGGGGGACUGUAAGCGUGUCCAACGUCUGGCGGUGUGCCCUCCGGCCGGGCUCCUGGCCGUGCUGUGCGGCCGCGGGCCCAGCAUCCGCCUCUUCCCGCUGGGCGAGCUGGAAAGUGGCGAGGCGGCGGGCAUCAAGAUCCCCGAGUCCCGCGGCUGCCUGGCAUUGGCGGCAGGGCUGAUCCUGCAGGCCAGCACGCCCGUGCUCUGCCUGGGCGUCAAGAGGCAGGUGCUGUGCUUCCAGCUGAGCCCCGGGCCCGGGCCGGGACCCCGGCACCGGCGCAUCCGCGAGCUGCAGGCCUCCGCGCCCGUGCAGAGCCUGGGCCUGCUGGGCGACCGCGUGUGCGUGGGGGCGGCCGGGGCCUUCGCCCUGCACCCGCUGCUCAACGAGGCGGCACCCCUGGCCCUGGGCACGGCCGAGGAGCUGCGGGGCGCCGGGCCGUGCGAGGCGCUGGGCGUGCUGGAGCUCAGCCUCAGUGAGUUCCUGCUCCUCUUCGCCGCUGCCGGGGUCUACGUGGACGCCAGCGGCAGGAAGUCCCGACCGCGGGAGCUGCUCUGGCCCGCCGCCCCCUGUGGCUGGGGGUACACGACUCCGUACCUGACGGUGUUCAGUGAGAACGCGAUUGACGUGUUUGACGUGAGGAAAGCCGAGUGGGUCCAGUCCGUGCCACUCAAGAAGGUGCGGCCCCUGAACCCCGAAGGCUCCCUGUGCCUCUACGGCUCCGAGAAAAUCCGAUUGACCUACCUCAGGAACAGACUGGCCGAGAAGGACGAGUUUGACAUCCCGGACCUGACGGACAACAGCCGACGUCAACUGCUGCGCACGAAGAGCAAACGGCGCUUCUCCUUCCGCGUCUCGGAGGAGCAGAGGCAGCAGCAGCGCAGGGAGAUGCUGAAAGACCCCUACGUGCGCUCCAAAUUCAUCUCCCUUCCCACCAAUUUCAACCACCUGGUGCACAUGGGCCCCGGGGACGGCCGGACGCCCACUAAGGACCAGGCUUCGUCCGCCGAGACGAAGACCCGCGGAGCCCCGGGUCCCAUCCUGACCAGGCCCCACAGCUUCUCCGAGGCACCCAGACGUCCGGUGUCCAUGGGGAGUGAGUUCCUCGCUGGGGAGGCGGACAUUGCGAAAUGCAAACCCAGAACCUCCCUCUCCAGUGAGUCCAUGUCCUGCCCUCAGGACCCCCUGACCCCGGUGGCUUCGUUGAGCCAGAUCUCCGAGCGACCGAGGAGCCUGCCGCCGGUCCCCGUCUCUGAGAGCUCCCCCUGAUGCCGCCCCCCGUGGGGGGCCUGCGCCCCCACCCCAGGGAGGAUCCCAAACCCCCGUUCUGGCCUGGCCUUCGAGAGACCCCAUUGGG